CCGCCGGAUCAAGCUGACGGUUUGGCUCAAAAUGGCUGGAGAGAAACAGUUAUGAGGAUCGACGGUUUUACCAGGUAUUUACGAAAAAUGAUCCUCCCUGUAGUUUGAAGGCGCUCCCUCCACAUUACUGGGGAUCCAGGGGGAGUGUGGAGAGGGGGGGACAGGACCACAACCCGGGCACCACCCAGGAAGAGGAGGAGCAAGGGAGCCGCUGAGGAGGAAGCAAUCAUCCAUUUGUUGGUAGCUAGUGAGUCCAGCCAUUCAGAUGAAGAGCCUACAAUUCCGGAGCAUUGCCCCUAAGGCCCCAGCUGUGGUGCCCUCCCCCUCCCCUGCGGUCCUGUCCUGCCAGCCUCCCUCUGCCCUCCCUGAGGCUACCACCGCCUCCAGCCCCAAGUCCAUCAUUGUGCCCACCCAAAACUAUGCACUGAUGCAAAUAGCAGGUCAGGAUGGCACAUUCUCCCUGGUGGCGCUGCCCCCUUCUGUCUCCUCUCAGACACCACAGCAACAACAGCAGCAAACCCAGUCUAUCCAAAAGAACCUCAAACUGCCCAUUCCCAGAUACCAGCCAGUGAGGAGCAAGGGGACCACAGAUAAGGUCAAAUCACCACCACCAGCUGCCAGGAUGAAAACAGCCUCCAAGGCCUCUGUGACACCCCAGACCAAGUCAGUGGUGGCUGGGGCAUCAACAGCUGUGAAGAAAAAACAACAGGACAAGCAUACAAAGGAAACCCUAGUGCCCAAAGAGGAACCUUCAGAGCAGGUAAUUCUGAUUGACCCAGGCUCCUCUGACAUCUCUGUCACUGCUCUGCUCCCAGACAAUGCUGUCCUGUAUCCCAGCUCUCAAUUGGAGCGAGCCCCAGAUGGCUCUGAGCGACCUGCUACAGCUGGCCUUAUUCAGAACCUUCAGUACCCCCCUUCUGCUGUCAAAAGCUCCCCAGGCAAAUCUCCAGAGGAAAGCAAGAAGACCACAAUGAGGCUGUGCCAGUCUAAGCCCAAUGCAGCCCAGCCCCAGAGCAGUAUCACUGUCCUGUCCCCAGCUAUCUUCAGUAAAGCAGUCCAGAUUAUCCCGUCCCCACCCAAAGGUAAACUGCCCAUUCUGCCCUAUUCUAAAAUGAAGAGCAGCCUCAUUCCAGCUGCCAAGCUCGGCACUUUGUCCCCAGAGAAGGCGGCUUUCUCCAGCCAGACAGGACACACCAGCCCCAUAGAUACAAUUUCCAAGACCCUUGAACCAGCUGAAGCCUUGAGUCACAACCAGGUAUCAAACUCUGCUCUACAGGCCCAGGCCAAGACCACACUCAUGCCUGUGCUUGGGACCCUUCAGAAACCACCUGGUAAGAAGCGAGGGAGGAAGAGAAAGACAAUGGAAGACAUCUUGGCAUUUGAGGCCAGAAAGAAGAGGUCCUUGUCCUUCUUCCGCAGAAGGGUCCCUGAAAAACCGCCAGCAGUUGUUCCAGGCUCCAAGCAGAAGGAAGUUGAUAUUUCAAAGAAGUACCGGAGUAUUCGACCCAAGCCCAUGUUGGUUAUGGAAACAGUUCCACAGCUGGUUAGUUUGCCUGCCAUUACCUCAGAUGGCCAGGAACAGGAGCUUGUACUUGGCCAUCAGCUCCCCACCACCACCACAACCAAGGCCCUUGACUGUCCUCCUCAACCAGCCCCAGUAACCCUCCAGCUAAGAGGUGCCUCCCAUCCCAGAGUGUUCAUAGGUAGCCGUCCACUCCACCGUUGUCCCACGUGCAGCCGCUGUUUCCAGUUCAAGCACCAUCUCCAGAGCCACAUGAACAGUCACACAAACAGUCGGCCCUAUGUUUGCCCAGUAUGCCGCAAAGCCUAUGCACACUCCGGCAGCCUGAGCACACACAUGAAGCUUCAUCACUCUGAGGUACGCCCACGUCGGUCUCUGAGCUGUGAGUUCUGCGAGAAGGCCUUUGGAUAUGUGGGGGUGUAUUUUAGUCAUCUGAGAGAAGUCCAUAAGGUGGUGCUGACCGUGGAGCCAUCCAUCAGCCAUCAUGAGGAUGACGUGUCAGUCGAGGGGGCCAACUCUCCAGAGCCAUCAGAUGAGCAGGACCGUGAAGACCCAGUGGAGCUGCAGAUCAAAUGUGGUCGUUGUCAGGCCAUCACUCCCACCUUUGCUGACAUGAAGAUGCACUUGCUUUAUGUGCAUAGGGAGGAGGUCCAGAUUCGACUUCACGACGGCCAACCCCCGCGGGGUGGCCGUGAGGCUGAGAAUGAACUAGUAAAGCAUGCUGCACACUACUGGCGGCAACUCAAUGAGAAACGCAACCUGGUCAAAUGUGGCAGCUGUGAUGAGGAGUUCUUCUCCUUCUCCAAGCUUAAGAGGCACAUCAUGUCCCACCACCGUGGAAGAGAGGGAGAGGACAGUGGGACCAUCUCAUCACCAGAUAGCAGUGGAGGACUUGGUGUCCUUGCAGCAGGUGCAGCCUUUAACUGUGUGCUGUGCAGCAAGGUGUUGGACACUAAAGAGGCAGUUAUGGAGCACUGGAGGAGUUGCCACCACUGUGAGCAACCUAGCCUGCUUUGGGAUGCUUUGAGCUCCUAUUCUGGCCAGGAAGAGUGUGAAGCGGACGGUGAUCUGGACACUCCUGCUCCAAGCCCACACUAACCUAGCCUAGCCCUUGGAUGGGCAUGGAGCCUUUCACUGUGGCUCCUCCUCCUCAUACACACUCAGUCCUAACAAUCUGCAGCACAGGGAUUGGAGAGUCUCUCUUAUGUCUUUUAGCACUAGUUUCAUUUUUCACCAGCUGAGGCAUUUGAUUUGGUCAAAAAGAAAAAGAAGGAAAUACAUCAAGCCAGUGGUGAAAAAAGAUUUUUGUGUUACAUUUCAUAAGGGAUAUUCUCUUUAAGUCAGAGAAUCCAAUUUUAUAAACAAUAUUAUUUUUCAUGUUAUUUUGAUUGCACUGUUCUGUUUUUUGUUUGGAGGUAUGUAUUUAAUAUCCUGUUGGAAAUUAGAUGAUUAUUUUUUUUCUACUGCUUAUUUAAAUGUUAUUAAAAGGGUAAUUUAUAACCUAUCUGACACAGUAAAACUGUUUAACAGUCAUUUCACCCAAACACUAACCUCUUGUGGUAUCUAGCCAUGCAUAUAAUUUGGUUUUAUAUGCUCAGUUUUUGAGAUAUCUGUGCUGAGCUUUCUGCCUCUUACCUAAUGACAAUUUACAUCACAAAAGUUAAACAGUAUUGAUUAUGGCAUGUUAUAUAGCAAUUGUAAAGAUAUGAUAAGAAGCAAGCAAAGUUACUUGGCCAGAUCAAACUAGUUUGGCUGGAUGCAGAUCAUGGUUAGGUCUCAACCCCAAAACCAUUUUUUUUUUUUUUGAUGACAAAUGUUUCAGUUUAUUCAUUUAUUUAUUCAGUUAAGUGUUAUUUUAAAAUGCAGUGACUUCCACAACCACAAUUGCAUUGACCUCCACUGUGUUGGAAUGCAGGCAGAAAUCUCAAGGACAACAUCUUUCAUCAGCUGAAACUACUAAACUAAUCUGCAAGGCUGAAUACCACUAUGGGAAAGUGUGAAAAAAAAGUUCUUGUUUAUACCUUUUAAUUUGGGUGGAUUGAUCCUUUAAAAUACUGAGAAAUGUAAAUCUCAUGACAAGGGCACACUGUCUACUGUCAUACUGGCUGACAAUUUAUCUAUUGGCCUUGGAUUAUUGCAGGUUAAAAGAAAUCAGUAUCUGUACAAUCCUUUUAUGUAAUAUUGCUCCUGUAAGGGAAAAUCUAUAUUUCAGUUAUGACUUGAACUUGAACAGUCUGAUACGGGGCAGUAUUAGGGUCCAGUGUCAGCUUGGACCCAUGAAGAAACAUUUUCCUAACCAGCACCCAAGUGACAUCCUUGUGGCCUUCUAAAAAUAAAAAAAGUAGUUCAUGCGUAACGUGGCUUAUCAUCAGUAUGGUCCUCUGUAGGCCAAGUUCUAUCUCCUUGACUUGUUGAUUAAUGCCUAUAUGUGUAUUCUAUGAUAUGCCAAGGGUCUAUUCACACUAGUGAUUGUAGAAGUGAGUUUUGCAUUUAAGCUGUUUAACCACUGACGGAAUACUGUUUGUUGAUUUAGUAAAUAUGCGAAGGAAACCAUCGAAUUGCCUACCUGUCGUUGCCAGCUCAUGUACGCACCUGUGGAAUUGUGUGCACCUAGACUCUAAGAUUAGAGUUAAUAUAAACCGUUGUCAAGUCCAGAAAAAUAUGCUAUUUUAUACUCUAGAUUAAUACAGAUCUUUUAGUAUAUUUAUCCUUGUGGUUGGUCCUUAAAGAACCAGCACUGAGACAUCUGUUAUUUUUGCUUCUUCUAAUUUGGAGGAUGCUUAAUGUCUUGUUUCUUGGUCAGGAGGUCAUUACUACAUGGCAAGUAGCUGUUAACAUUUGUCUGUGUUUAUCUUUCAUAUAAAGAAAAAAAAUAUCACAGGGUCAAGUGAAUGUACCUGAAUGUUUUAAAAACCCUACCAAAAGUAUAUGCUAUAUAGACUUAUUCUAUAGAUAGAAUAUAUAGAUAUAUUGAGAAAAAAACAUAUAUAUUUACAUAGAGUAACUAGUGAAUCAGCUGCUUUGUUCUGUCACAGUGGAGGAGGGAAACAAGAGAUGAAUAUAUCUUUGCCAAAACUGGCAACAAAAGCCAUGCAGAGCUGUCCUUAUGUGUCUGACACAAAGCGUAGGACUGUGAAUGAAGGGCAAAGCACUGAUGUGUACAUGUCGCACUGAGUGGGUAAACUACAGUAUACUGUACUACUGUUCAUUGAAUGCCAUGUUUGAGUGUUCAUCAGUGAACUGUCCUUUGUUUUCAUGCCCUCAACACAAACCAGGAAGUGACAGAAUUAAGGGUCAGACUCUUCUUUCCUCAGUUAGAUGAGAAACAUACAUUUACUGUCAGCACAAGUCAGAAAGUGAAAUAUCCCACAUUAGGUGAUAUAAUGUGUUUGGCUCACUUAAUAUGUUGGCUGUGUCCAAAAAACAAAACAAAAAAAAAAAGGACUGAAAGUGUUUGUGCUCGUGACUGUGUACCUGAAGAACCUGAUGUUUAUGAGAAUAAAGAUAUGCUUUGUUGAGAA